AUUCGUUUUCAAUUCUUUUUUCAGAACAAGAGCUCCUCUCCCUUGCCAAACCCAUUUUAAUGGGUGCUCUCCUUCGAUGUUAGAGAUAUUUAAUCUCUCUGUCUGUCCUAUCUUUCCAACAUUCCUCCUCUCUCCAAGCUCUACCAGAGUUUUCACAGUAUAGUAUAAUUUUUUUUAUACGAGAAUUUUCUUGUUUGUAUUAUUGAUUGAUGGCCGAUAUUUGUUGUGGAUUUGGUGGGGAGACGGAGUCUACUGCUCCGGUCGAGACGAAGACGCUAGCUUCGAAGAAGCACCGGAGGCUGGAACUACUGCCCUUCAAGUUUGUCGCAGAUGUGGUGGUUCAGCCGCUGGAGAAUGGUCGCAAAAAGCAGAAGCUUGAUCUUUACUCUCCAACGUCUUCGAUGCCGCGUGAUUGCAGUAACGCAGUGGAGAAUUCCAAUAGGUCAAAGAAAAUUGAUGGUGAAUUAAAGAGGAAAGAAGUUUUGAGUGAACCGGAGAAAACAGUGAGUCUGAGUGGAGGUUCUAACGCAAAGGAUGAGGUUGCGCAGGAGUGCCCUAAGUUCGGCAUGACCUCUGUUUGUGGUAGAAGAAGAGACAUGGAGGACGAAGUUUCAAUUCAUCCUUCAUUUAGGGAAGGUAGCUUCUUUGGCGUUUUCGAUGGCCACGGUUGCUCUCAUGUGGCCACGAAGUGCAGGGAUCGGUUUCAUCUGAUAGUGAAGGAAGAAUUGGAUGGUGAGCCAGUGGGUUGGAAGCACACCAUGGAGCGAAGCUUUGCUCGCAUGGACGAUGAGGUGCAGCAGCAAUACGUCAACGAUCCAAAGAAAUCCAACUGCCGGUGUGAGCUUCAGACUCCGCACUGCGAUGCUGUUGGAUCCACGGCCGUAGUGGCCGUUGUGACUCCGGACAAGAUCGUUGUCUCAAACUGCGGCGAUUCCAGAGCCGUGCUCUGCCGCAACGGUGUCGCAGCGCCUCUCUCGUCAGACCACAAGCCUGAUAGACCAGACGAAUUGGCUCGAAUCGAAGCCGCCGGUGGCCGUGUAAUAUACUGGGACGGCCCUAGAGUUCUUGGAAUGCUGGCCAUGUCCAGGGCAAUCGGUGAUAAUUAUCUGAAACCAUACGUGAUACCAGAACCGGAGGUGAGGGUAACGGAACGGACAGCGGAAGACGAGUGUCUGAUCCUUGCGAGUGAUGGUCUGUGGGACGUGGUCUCAAACGAGACCGCGUGCGGAGUGGCGCGGAUGUGCCUUGGAGCACAGAAGCCACCAUCUCCGCCUGGGUCCCCCGGGAGUGAUGCAGCCGUGGGAAGUGGGUCAGAUAAAGCCUGCUCCGAUGCGGCUAUUUUGCUGACGAAGCUGGCGUUGGCUAGGCAUAGCACGGACAACGUGAGCGUGGUCGUAAUUGAUUUGAGAAAACGUGAUGGUCCAUCUGCAUAAUAAUACGUUACGUACAAGUCUUUUUUUUUUUUUAUUUUUUUUUUAUAGGACUUUCAUUCCAUCCAUUGAAACUUGAAAGUGCGGCAAGAGGAUGAAAAAUUCUCCCUGUUCUUGUAUUUUAAUAUUGGUUAUUAUGAAUGGUUGGAAUGUUAAGAAA